GUCAGGAAUAAAUAACCACCGGGCGGAGGAUCCCAGAUUCCGUCCUUCCUUUUGUUGGAUGAGGAGCGCCAGGCAAACGCAUCCACAAAGGCUUCGGAAGUGGCUCGCCCGUCCACACCCGGCUCCUGCCCCGGGUGACUAUUAGGGGCCCCGGGGGGUGGCACAAGCCCAAGACCCGGGGGAUCAGCUCUCCCCGAGAGGCCUAGCAGCAGGGACCCCAGAAUAAGUCGGGGGCGGGCCCCGGCGCGGCAGGAGGGGCCAGGCGGGCGGGCGAGCAGAUCCCACCCCUUCCUGAAGGAAGCGCCCUCCCCGCCGCGACUUGCCGCCGCCGCCACCACCGCCGCAGGUCACAGCCCCGCGAGGCGACAGCGGCCCCGCCGCACCAGAGCAGUGGCACAGGCAUGGAUGGGAAGAAAUGCAGCGUGUGGUUGUUCCUACCUCUUGUAUUUACUUUGUUUACUUCAGCUGGAUUGUGGAUAGUAUACUUCAUUGCUGUGGAAGAUGACAAAAUUUUACCAUUAAAUUCAGCUGAAAGGAAACCUAGUGUGAAGCGUGCACCAUAUAUAAGCAUUGCAGGUGAUACUCCUCCUGCAAGCUGUGUGUUUAGUCAAGUUAUGAACAUGGCAGCCUUCCUAGCCCUUGUGGUAGCUGUUCUGCGCUUCAUACAACUGAAACCGAAAGUUUUAAACCCGUGGCUGAAUAUUAGUGGAUUGGUGGCGCUGUGUCUGGCUUCCUUUGGAAUGACCUUACUUGGUAAUUUUCAGCUCACGAAUGAUGAAGAAAUCCAUAACGUCGGAACUUCCUUGACCUUUGGAUUUGGCACGUUGACCUGCUGGAUCCAGGCUGCACUGACACUCAAAGUCAACAUCAAGAAUGAAGGACGGAGAGUUGGAAUUCCACGGGUUAUUCUGUCGGCAUCUAUCACUCUCUGUGUGGUCCUCUACUUCAUCCUCAUGGCCCAAAGCAUCCACAUGUACGCAGCAAGGGUCCAGUGGGGCCUGGUCAUGUGCUUCCUGUCUUAUUUUGGCACCUUUGCCAUGGAAUUCCGCCACUACCGCUAUGAGAUUGUUUGCUCUGAGUACCAGGAGAAUUUCCUAAGCUUCUCAGAAAGCCUGUCGGAAGCUUCUGAAUAUCAGACUGACCAGGUGUAACCCAUCAGUUUUUCCUUGCUGGUGAGGUGAGUGUGACAGUGGGGGAGGGGCCAGGAGGACACACUCACGGGACCUGACACAGAACCUCAUUACACACACACACACACACACACACACACACACACACACACAUUCAUGGCCACAUUUGCCAAAUGAGCUUUUCAGGGCGAGUUAUUUCUUUAAUGAAAAAGCACAAGCCCUUAUGUGUGGAAAUACACGCUGUUACACUGAAAAUAUAUGCACGACAGAGCAAGAAGCUUGUGCAUGGUCACUUCUUCUCCGUCCCCUUCCCAGCACUCCCUCCUCUUCCCGUUCUCUCCACAUGUCUCAAGCACCCUACUGAGUAGGGCAGGCCAAAUGUUCCUUGGGAAUCACGCCAACUCCCGAAGUUGCCUUCAGGUCCAAAGGGCUUGGAACCAGCUCGCGAGGAAGUUCUGAAUCUGGCGCUAAUUUUCUUGAAUGGAUGAUAGUGUAUCGUCAAAUAGGACAGAAAUUCUAUUGAGAUUUGACCCCGUGUGGCCUGCGGAAAGGCAUGGUGGGUAGAACUUUGCCACGGAAGCCCCCUUCAUCGUUGUUCAGUGGUCGGCUGUGUGGAUCCCAGGAGAGGAAUAUGGUAAAGACUGUGAGGGAAGAGCCCACCACCAUGAUUUGGACCUGGUGCACUGUGACUGAGAAUGAUUUCCAAAUGUGAAUAUUUGGAGGGGUUUGUCUGCCAGGCUCGGAACAAGAAGGGGGCAGUGAAGGUAUGGUUUAGUGUUUGCUUCCAUAGUAUGCCAUCGACAAUUUUUUUAUAUUCCAUGGUUUAUUUUUCCUUCAAGUAACUACCAUGACUCUCUCUAAGCCUCAUGGACAAGAUCUAAACCAAAUGCAAGAGCUUAGUGUGCUUUGGGUUCAGCCAUGAUCGCAGAAAAACAAAGGUCACCUGCAGGCUUCUGUUGGACGCUAAGAAAAUAGUCACAGAAAAGUGGAAAGAGAUAUGGAUGUGCAGAGGUAAUAAGAACUGCUGCUGGACGUUUAUCAAAGAUAGGCAUUUUAGAGCAUCUUGUUGCAAGUCCAAAUCUGGGGAGACUUUGUUAAUACAUAUCGUAUGUAUCUUUUGCUCAAAUUUAGUAUUUUUUUAAAUUAAUUAAGGGCUUUUCAAAUUUGGAAUUUGUAGAAGCCAGUUAAAAGAAUACCCUUCCUAAAAAUCAGAGUGACACAGCUGGUCCCCCUGCUAGCCAGCCCGCAGUUCCCAGUUCCCACCUGCUGAGAGUUCAGAACUCAGACUAUAGGUGUGGGCUUUUGAGGCUGGGCUUCAUGACGAAGAGCAGAAUUCCAAAUUCAGACUGUGUUGGAGUGAGCCAAGUGGACAGUCCCUCCACGAGUGCACUUUGUUUCAAGAAAUCCUCAGAUUUAUUUACUCCGUAGAUGCCUGGGAUUUCAUGGAAUAUAAUAUGAAAAACAUUUUUUAACUCAACCAAAAUCUGAACUUCUUGAGGAACAGGUCAAUGUCUUUUCAUCUGUGUAUUUUUCCCCACCUCCUAGCACAGUGCCUGGCACAUAUUAGGUGCUCAAUAAAUAAUUUAAGAGUAGGAAAAAGGAGUGUCAGAGAGAGACUCAAAGCUGAGUGAGACAGCAUGGAAGAUGGCUAUUUCACGUGAGACAGGAAUGGAAGUGGGCAUGAAUAGGGGUCAGAUGGGGGAGUGAGAAUCCCUGUAAGUAAAAUGUGAUGAAAAGAACAAGCAGAGAACAAGAUUCUCCUGUCAAAAAGGCAUCUUACUGUAAAUAGUCCAAGGUGACAUUUGUUAGUUUUGAAUACUGCUUUUUUGGGUUUCUUUUUUUCAUUUUUAUAUUUUAAAAUUUUUAUCAAAAAAACAAAGAUUUAUGUAGUUUUCUUUUAUUCUACACAAUCCAAAUUAAACAGCUUUUGGUGAUGCAAUUGUACACUUUCUUAAGAAUAUAUCUAAAUAGCACAUUUUAGCAGAAUCAAGCAAUGACUGACAUUAUUCAUUGGGAUCUAACCACUAAAUAAAAUUCUUUUAUGCAUAA